GUUGCUGGUCACGUGAGGCGUGGGAGCAGCGCGAGGGGAGUGAGGAAGAGAGCAGAGUAUAAAUAGUCCUGGUAAUAACCGUGUAUGCGCUGACCCAGUUAGUGAAAUAAAACUCAGUGCACGCACCAAACUCUGUUUGCAUUUAUUAUAUAAAGUGUGGAUGCAUCAGUCGGACGAAUCGGGUCGGCUGGGAAGCUGGCGAGGGAGACGCGGCGGAAAGAAGCGGCGGAGUCCUGCUCGCUUCGUCACAAUAGGCGAACGAUCUAUUGCAGUGCCUGGAUUUUUAUAGUUUCACCGAAUUCUGCUUUUUCCCCUCCAAAAUGUAAUACCUCCCCCUUGCGACAAAACCAGGUGCGUUGCACCUUGGCGGAUUGCUAUUAUAAUGGCGGAUAUGCCAGGUAGUAGAAAAGAACGCUUCUCUGCAGAGGAAACGGAUCUCCUGGUUCGCGAAGUGAAAGCUCGCGAGCAGACCAUCUACGGCAACAGCAGGAUUCCACCAAAGGUCUCUGAGGUGAAGCAGGCUUGGGAAGAGGUGGCGGUAAGGGUGUCCUCAUCUUCUGGCAUCACCAGAACGGCCACACAAUGCCGAAAACGGUACAAUGACGUCAAGAGACGGGGAAAACAAAAGCUGGCUGCUCACCGAAAACUACUAUUGAAAACGGGAGGAGGACCACCUACGACCACCGAAGAUCUAACGUCAGCGGAGGACAUUGCUGCCUCUACCCUGAGUGCUGAAAGCAAAGAGGGAUUUGGGGGACUUGAGGUGGGCAUUCAAGCUCCACUGGCUGAAGACCCUGAGGCUGGACCCAUUAAGCAGGAGCAGGUGGUAGAUGAGGAGGGAGAGGAGAUGGCGGAACAAUCAUCAUCGAGGUCGAGAGGAGAGACAAGUCGACCCAGAACGCGUCGCGGGAACAUCAUCUGGCAGGAGGACCACCCAUUCCUGCAACUCCAGCAGGCCGGAUUCAACAUGCUGGAGAGGGAAUUGGGUGGAAUCAGCCGGAGUGUUCGGCGUGUAAAUACCCACCUGAGCCGCACUGAGAUGUUGCUACAGCCCCUCAGACAUAUUGCGGACAAUCUGGGAAGGCUUGCUGAAGCAGUUGAGCGCCUCAUUCCUGCAACACCUCCUCCUCAGACCACCCAGUCUCCUCCAUUCACCCGAUCCAAUAUCAACACACUGCCGCCAGAUGCUCCUGGACCUUCCCGUGGCCGGUCCCGUCCUGGUGCUCCCCGCCUGCGAACCUCGAGGAGGAAGAAGACCACCAGUUUAAGAUCAUGUUCAUGAAUUUUACUUUUUUUUUUUCCAGUCAUGGAGAAACAGGCAAAAUCAGUGAGGUUCUAAUUGCUGAAAGUUUGGAAACCUAAUUAUUGUAAUCUCAAAAAAAUGUUAAUAAAGAAUAUUUUUUGAAAUAUUGAUCAAAACUG